UCGAUCUUAUAAACAGCAAACAAAACAUUAUUAAACAAUUAGUAAAAACCCGAUUGUUAUGAGAAAUGAAAUUAGUUGACUAUUUAUCAGUUUUAACUCCGGACUAUAUCAAAAUAGUGUUUGUGUUUCAAAGAACAAUGGCAUGCAUUUGAUUUUACUUUUCAUAAUCAGUUGACUUAUUUACUUUAGUUUUGGAAAUCAAUAAUGUAAUGAAGUGCUUUAAAACAUUUGAACCCGACCUUAUAUAUAUUAAUAUCUUUGUAGUGACUGAACUUUAUUAAUAAUAAUGAGAUUAAGAGUAUUUCAUUUUAUUUUGAUUUUAAACUGAAUAGAAAGUAUAGAAAGCAUGUCCACGAACAAUUCAUCGGUUAAUAAAUUAGAAAAUUUUAGUCAGUUCUUAUGGACAAGUUCAAUUUUACAUGGAGAAUAUUUACACAGGAGGGAAACAGAAUGGAGUCCACUCAUAUUAAUACCACUUAUUGCUACUGUCGUACUGGUUAUCACAAUUCUUCUUCUAAUGAUCUUCAGACAAAAUCCAACUCUAGUGAUAAGCACUGUAGCUGGUUGUUUGAUUUUCAUAACUGUGUACUUGAUAAUGGUAGCUAUGAAUUCCAGUAGGCAAUAUUUGUAUUAAAAUAGUUGAAAUGUCGUUCAGAACUGGUUUAUAAUCGAGCCAAAUCAUUUUAAAAAAAUACACACAUAUAUUUAUAUUUAUAUCACACAUCAAUUUUAUAUAUUCAUCUAUUGUUAUAACAAAAAAAAGAACCAUUAGAGAAUACAGUGAAUGGAGUAUGGAUAUUUAGACAAAAUUAUUCAAUUAAAUUGAUAAAUCUUUACAAAAACUUUCCAUUAGACUAAUUAAUUGUUGACGAAUAUAACGAAUCAAACGCUAAGAC